AUGGGCUUCCCUUCUGACUCGCUGCUUCUGGUCCUCUCUCUAGUGCUUAAUUGCAGUUGGGCCUCCAUUACUCCAGGGGUUGCGGAGGUAGACUUGAUCUUUCCGCGCAAUGAGAGCUUCCCCCCAUCGUCAUUGACCCCAAUCAUAUUCGCCAUCCAAAAUCCCAGCCUCCUGUCAAGCGUCUAUCCGCAAAUUCGAUAUUCUAUUGAGGAAGUCAAUGUCAACAGCAGUGAAAGGGUCUCUAUCUCAGGGUCUCUCGAUUUAGCUAAGCUUAAUUAUACCAGAAGUGAUCCAUACUUCCUCUAUUGGAGCACCAGCAAGUUUGAUAUUGAGGGGACAUUCAAGAUAAACUGGGCUCUCGAUAUCUAUAACUGCUCUCACGAACCGGAUAGUACCGAUUUAACGCUUGGAUAUCUUGGUGCACGCGGCCGCCGGUCUUUCUUCUCUACUAAGAAUGGCACCUCGCAGCCGGACUUUGCCGCCGCGACCGAGGAUGGUACCUGUGAAGCAUCUCUGGCUCAGGCCAUACAUGUCCAAGACUUUUUGAACGUUCCAUCAGGGCAGGUCUGGGGCAGCCCAACACGGACACAAAACUGGUACGCACCAAAACAGCCCACAUGGCGUGGUUCUUCUUGCGCAGUCACUGCGGAUUGGGUGCCGACUCCUAGUCCUUGUAACGUCAAGAUUGGGUCCUCAGCUGCUACAAGUAUUUCGGCAGCCUUGACAUCUACUGCCUGUGCCAACCCGCUCCGUACAGGGCUGAAUUGCCCAACCCCGUCGCCUCAAAAUGCAGCCUCUGUGGCGCAAUUACCGGUGGGGAGACUAUGGACUUUGGCGAUUGCCCUUAGGAACCUUCCGUAA